GCCCUUCUCCCGCCCCGGCCGGUGGCCCAGCCCCACCGCGCCGCUUCCGGUCCGGGCUCCGCCCCGGCUGUGGCCCCCGGCGGCGGCGGCGGAGGAGUCCGAGACGCAGUUGCGGCCUGGGGCCUGAGCGGCCGCUUAGUGUACAGCCUGCGGCCGGAGCCUCACAGUGUAGACGCGGUGUGCCUGCUAGGCUGUGCCCUGGUCCAGAGCCAUGCCAAUCUGUGAGUGAGGCUCACGGCAGUGAUGGAGCCGCUGCAGCAACAGCAACAGAAGCAGGCGCACCUAGCCCCUCUGCAGAUGGAUGCCCGAGAGAAGCAAGGACAGCAGAUGAAAGAAGCCCAGUUCCUCUAUGCCCAAAAGCUAGUCACACAGCCUACUCUCCUUUCUGCCACACCUGGGAAACCUGCCAGCAGCUCUGCCCUGGGUCCCUUAGCCAGAGUUUCACCAGCCACACCAGUGGCCCGAGUUUUUGAACGGGGCAACGUGAACUCAGAACCUGAGGAAGAGGAAGGCUUGGAAGAUGAGGAUGGGGAAGAUGAUGUUGCAGAAGUGGCUGAAAAAGAGGCCCAGGUUGCUUCCAAAUAUUUUCACAUGCAGAAAGCAGCUCGUGUAGACCCCCGGGGAGCACCUAUGUCAGGUCUGCUUCCAGCACCAGGGCUCCCCCAACAGGGACAGCAAACUAAAGAAGACCAUACCAAAGAUGCUUCCAAGGCCCCACCUUCUGUUUCCAUGGCUGGGCAGUCAAGCUGGAAUCCAGAUGAGCAACUUAAGCAGAAUGGUGGUUUGGCCUGGAAUGAUGAUGCCGAUGGAGGCCGGGGAAGAGAGAUCUCCCGAGAUUUUGCCAAGCUAUAUGAACUAGACGGUGAUCCUGAAAGGAAAGAGUUCCUGGAUGACCUCUUCGUCUUUAUGCAGAAGAGGGGAACCCCCAUCAACCGGAUCCCCAUUAUGGCCAAGCAGAUCCUGGACCUGUACAUGCUAUACAAGCUGGUAACAGAGAAGGGAGGCCUGGUGGAAAUCAUCAACAAGAAGAUCUGGAGGGAGAUUACCAAAGGCCUGAACCUGCCCACCUCCAUCACCAGCGCCGCCUUUACCCUCAGGACCCAGUACAUGAAGUAUCUCUAUGCCUACGAGUGUGAGAAGAAGGCCUUGAGCUCCCCAGCUGAGCUGCAGGCUGCCAUCGAUGGCAACCGCAGGGAGGGCAGGCGGCCUAGCUACAGCUCCUCCCUCUUUGGCUAUUCAUCAGCCGCUGCCACUGCCACUACUGGGGCCCCUGCCCUUCUCUCGCCACCCAAGAUCCGCUUCCCAGUCUUGGGGCUUGGCUCCAGCAGCAGCACGAGUGCCAGUGGCCCUCGGUUAUCCCCAGCAGCCACUCUCAGGAAAGGUGACGGAGUCCCUGCAAACACAGUGCCCGUGCCAAAUCGCCUGGCUGUGCCCAUGGCUCUGGCAGGACCACAGGCAGGGAGCCGGGUGGCCGCUCUGGAACAGUUACGGGAGCGGCUAGAGACGGGGGAGCCAGCUGAGAAGAAGGCAGCAAGGUUGUCAGAGGAGGAGCAGCGCCUGGUGCAGCAGGCCUUCCAGCGCAACCUCUUCAGCAUGGCACGGCAGCUGCCCGUGAAGAUCCGUAUUAAUGGCAGGGAAGACAGAGGAGAAGCCUCGGCCGCUGCAUUGAACCUGACCCCAAGCACCAUUGGGAGUAUAAAUAUGUCUGUGGACAUCGACGGUACCACCUAUGCAGGCGUGCUGUUUGCCCAGAAACCCGUGGUCCACCUCAUCGCAGGCCCUGCUGCCCAGAGUGUCGUCGGCAGCACCUCCGGUGGCAGCAGUAGCAGUGGCGGCUCUCACUGCUCACAUAGUCCUACCUCGUCCCGGGGCACUCCCAGCGUGGAGCCCUCUACCAGCUGGUCCCUCUGACGGCAUUGCCAGCUGUCCGUGCCCUCCAGCCAGGAGUGGUGGAAGCUGACACACAGAAUUUACCUCGUCUCAUGAAGUCUGAUGUUCAGGGACUUGGUGUGUCCAUUUGUCCAGGCUACAUUCAGGUCCUGCUGUCUCCUGGGGGCAGGGAGAGGUGGGCGGGGAAGGACAGGGCAGCAUUGUCCAAUCAGGGAUCAUCCUGGAGGCCUGGGCAGGGGUCUGGGUGCCCCACUUCCUCCAGGGUCCCCACCCACCUUUUACCCCAGGGCACAGUGUAUCGACAAUCUGUAAGCCGACACAGGGCUGGACACCUCCACUUCCUUCCCUCUUAAUUUAUUUCCCUUCCUCUGCUUUCUGCCAUCACCCCAGGGUCAUGGUCUUAUCCUCUCCUCCCCGCCCGGCAUUUUUAAUCCUGUGUGGCUGCUGGGGCCAACACCUGCCUUCAUGGCCCUCAGCAGCUGAGUAUAGAUCUAGCCCACCUGUCUGAUCUUGGUUCUCAAAGCCUGGGUCCCUCAAAUCCAAGUCUGAAGUCAGACCUGGGGCCCCAUGUCCCCCUCAGUUGGGGGAAACAUGAAAGCACAUGAGGGCAAGCUCUAGGCGUAGGUCUCUGAGCAUCUGACAGGAGGGAGGAGGGCUUGGACUGCACGGACCCUGGUAGCUAUUUCACAGGAUGCCAUGCAACCUGCCUUUACCUCAGGCUCCCCAGUGGCCCUUGUUGGCUACUCUCCCACCAUAGUUCCCUUGUCCCUGUCCUGUUGUCUCCGGGGGCAGUCUCUGCUCCACCAGCCCCAGAUGUGCCGAUAUCAGGUCAUUUAAAUACCUCAGAUUUGUAAUUGUUGAUGUUUGAUUCUUCAGGAAGUAUUUACAUCUCUGAAAUCUUUUUAUAUGUUUUUGCUGACUUUUGUUUUUUAUUUUUAAAUUUUUGUUGUUGCUGUUGUAGCACCAAAGAAAUAAGAAGUAAGAGUGGAUCACCUCAGCCGGGUGCAGUUGGUGGCCAGCCCCUUGGCCCUGCUCUUGGCCCCUAGAGACAGGAACAAGCCAAGUGACUCAGGGAUCCCCAAGGCAGUGGGGUGGGAAGGAGAGGCCUGCACUUGCCUGCAAGGCCAGAAACUAUGCCAGUCCCAGGACAUCCCUGACUACCACCGCCCCUGCCCGGCCAUGCUGGAGCCCAGGUCAGGGGGUGGGAAUGUGAGCUGCCAGGGCUGGUGCAGGCUACGCUACCCCUGCGGAUAGACAGGGUGUCACUUGCACAGGCCACCUUGGCUGGGUACCUUUAGUGUUUAGAAUGCCGCCACUAUGACUCCUGGGCUCAGGGCCCUGCUCAGUCCCAUCCAGGAAGAGAAAGGGAAACCAGAAGCUCACACACAGACAUACCUCAGCCUGGCCAGUGGCUCUGCCAGCCUGCACCUCAUCCCUGCCCUGGACCUCUACACAUUUGAGUGUGCAAACACAGCCUACCCACCCACCUGCGGCAGGCUGCCCUCCUCUGCCUGCAGAAACCUUGCCUUCCACACAGGUGGGCUGUGGUAGAGUAGGGAAUAAGGCUCUGGUGCCAGUUCGGAGGUCCAGUGGCCAGUGCUGGCCCUCUCCCUUUGGAGUACAGCAGACACUUGGCCAGAGUAUCGUUCUCAGGGUUUAGUCAAAGGAUGGACUCUCCCACUCAGAGGAUGCAGGGAUGUACACUGGGUCGCUGGUCACAGACCCUCCCCUUCUUCCCCGGCCACUGGACUGGCCUCUCCCAGAAUGCCCCUCAGUGCCCCAGUGUGGGCCUGGCUCAGGCGGAGCAUCCAUAGGGGAUGCUCGGUCCCCUGUCCCAUCAUCUUCGUAUUCCAGCAGCAUUGUGGUAGCACACAGGUAGCCUAGGCAGUGAGUACAUACCUCAGACGUCCUCUCAGCAAGUGUCUGUAUAUGUCGUGGUUCUUUUCUCUUACAUGUUCUGAAUGUUUAUAUUUCAUUAAACCUCUACCUCUUCACACA